GCCAUACAUUCCAAUCUCAUCCAUGAAGAGAUGAAGAAAUCCAAAGUCACAGUUGUCGGCAGCGGCAAUUGGGGUAGCGUCGCUGCAAAACUCAUUGCCUCCAAUACAAUCAAGAUGAGCUCCUUCCAUGAUGAAGUGAGGAUGUGGGUAUUCGAGGAGACCCUACCUACAGGCGAGAAACUCUCAGACGUCAUAAACCGAACAAACGAGAAUGUAAAGUAUCUCCCUGGAAUAAAGCUUGGGAGCAAUGUAGUAGCAGAUCCCGAUCUCGAUCAUGCAGUGAAGGGCGCAAACAUGUUGGUUUUUGUAACCCCGCAUCAAUUCAUACAAGGAAUAUGCAAUGAGCUUGUUGGGAAGAUAAAAGGGGAUGUUGAGGUCAUAUCACUCAUCAAGGGAAUGGAAGUCACGAUGGAAGGCCCACGCAUGGUCAGCACCCAAAUCUCUCAACACCUUGGGAUCAACUGUUGUGUUCUCAUGGGCGCAAACAUAGCUAACGAGAUUGCGAUGGAGAAAUUGAGCGAAGCAACAAUAGGAUACAAGGAGAAUAAAGACAUGGCUAACAGAUGGGUUCAACUGUUCACCACUCCCUACUUCCUGGUCACAGCUGUCCAAGACAUAGAAGGAGUAGAACUAUGUGGGACACUCAAGAAUGUAGUCGCCGUAGCAGCAGGUUUUGUGGAUGGCUUGGAGAUGGGGACCAAUACAAAGGCUGCAAUAAUGAGAAUUGGCCUGAGAGAGAUGAUGACCAUCUCAAAUCUGAUGUUUUCAUCCGUAAGAGAUAGCACCUUCUUUGAGAGCUGUGGGGUAGCUGACCUGAUCACAACAUGCUUAGGAGGAAGAAACAGGAAAGUUGCAGAGGCCUUUGCAAGGAAUGGUGGACAAAGGUCUUUCGAUGAGCUUGAAGCAGAAUUGUUACAAGGGCAGAAGCUACAGGGGGUUUCAACAGCAAGAGAGGUCUACGAGGUUUUAAGCAAUCGCGGAUGGCUAGAGUUAGUCCCGCUUUUCAAAACGGUGCAUGAGAUCUGCAUCGGUCACCUUCCGCCCUCAGCCAUACUUCGAUAUGGUGAAAAAAAAACCAAGCUCUAGCUGGUGGAAAACUCAGAGAAGCAUUACCCACGGUUCACAUGCCUCUUAUACAUAAUUCAAAGGUCAAAUU